UGAUCAUAUGACAUGUUUUUCUGCGGUGGUCUUGAACAGAAGCUGUUGUCCGGCCGGCAGGAGCUCAGUGCUGGGUGGACCUUCAUUUUUUCAUGACUUCAUGACGUGACUGCUAUCAAACCAUUGAGAAGACUCUUGCACGGCAUGGCCCACUGACGUCCCUUCGUUGACCGAACACUCUCGGCUGACCGCCAUGCCGCUGCGAAAUGGCUACUCCAUCAACUCGGGCCCGUUGGACGAGCCUGAGGUCAGCGAGCCUCUCAUCGAGCCACUCAACGAGCCGGAUUCAGCUCAUCCUCAGUGCUGCUCGGCUCGUCUCAACCUCGCCAUCCUCAUGUUCUUCGGCUUCUCCGUGGUCUACGGUCUCCGCGUCAACCUCAGCGUCGCCAUGGUAGCCAUGGUGAACGGCACGGACCCCGACCCGACGGAGAACACCUCUGUCGUCCACGCCUGUCCGUUGCCGCCGGCGGCACAAAACGCCAGUGAGGCCUUCCAGCAGCCGGACGGGAUCCCUCAGUACCACUGGGACUCGGAGAUUCAGGGCUGGCUGCUGGGGGCCUUCUUCUUCGGCUACCUGUGCACCCAGAUCCCCGGGGGCUACCUGGCCGAUCACUACGGGGGCAGCGUGUUCCUGGGGCUGGGGGUGCUGGGCACGGCGGUCCUCACCCUCCUCACGCCGCUGGCGGCAAGCUUGGGCCCGUACUGGCUGUUCGGGCUGCGGGCGCUGGAGGGCUUCGGAGAGGGCGUGACGUUCCCGGCCAUGAUGGCGAUGUGGGCGCGCUGGGCUCCUCCUCUGGAGCGCUCGCGUCUGAUGACCCUGUCGGGGUCCGGCGCCAGCUUCGGCGCCUUCGCGGCGCUGCCGCUCACCGGCCUGAUCUGCGGGACGCUGGGAUGGCCCGCCGUCUUCUACCUCUGCGGGGGCGGCGGGUGCCUCUGGGCCGUCGUCUGGUUCCUGUGCGUCGCCGACGACCCUCGCACUCAUCGUCGAAUCAGCAGAGAGGAAAGGGAUUACAUCAUCAGAUCCAUCGGCGCUCAGGUAAACAGCCUUCAGACUUUCACACAGGGAGCGGGUCACGGCUGGUCCGUCCCGCUGCUGUCCAUCAUGAUGUGUGUCCCGCUGUGGGCCAUCAUCGUCACCCAAAUGUGCUCCAACUGGUCCUACUACACGCUGCUCACCUCGCUGCCCACCUACAUGAACGACAUCCUGCACUUCGACCUGCAGUCGAAUGGUCUCCUGUCGUCUCUGCCGUACCUGGGCUGCCUGCCCGUCUCGCUGCUGUCGGGCGUCGCGGCCGACCACCUCAUCAAGAGGAAGGUGUGCAGCGUCACCGCCGUGCGGAAGGUCUUCACGUUCUCAGGCCUGAUGUUGCCCGCGGCGUUCCUCGUCGCCGUCAGCUACGCCGGCUGCGACCACCUCCUCACCGUCACAUUCCUCACGCUCUCCACCUCCCUGGGGGGGACCAGCGCCCCCGGAGUCUACAUCAACCAGAUCGACAUCGCUCCUCGGUACGCCGGGUUCCUCCUGGGGAUCACCAACACGUUCGGGACCAUUCCAGGCGUCGUGGCGCCGAUCGUAACGGGAUACUUUACUGAAGAUCGCACUCUGGCGGGCUGGAGGAAGGUCUUCUGGGUCGCCGCUGGGAUCAACAUUGCAGGCGCCGUCGUGUACACGAUAUUUGGCAGCGCGAAGGUCCAGCCUUGGGCCAUGACGGAGGAGGAGGCGGCAGAAGAGGAGAAAGAUGGCAGCAGGUCCAUCGUGGAGUAAAACAUCAUACAGAGAAGUACCACAAAGAAGAGAAAGAAAAGAAGACGUACGACGUCUUCAGGAUGAAAGAAAAGGCCUUAAAGUUCAGUUCAGCCUCAGAUGAACAUGAAGAGGACACAUAUGUGAUGUGAUGAUGUUCAUCUCAGGUGAUCUUACCUCGUCUUAAGAGUAAUGACCAGUAGAUGAACUGCCAAGUGUCUUUCCUUUUCACGUGACUUAAUGCUGCUUCCACUAUUCCUUAGAGAAUCAAUAAGUACUUUUAUAGGUGAAAAAAGGUUAAAUAUUUACAAUAUAAUCUGUGAUUUGCACUUUUUUGAUAUCGAAGGUGUCUCAGGUGAGAAGAGAAAUGGAUCAAUGUGCAAUCUCCUGCUUUAGGGUUUUUAACUUUUCAGUUGGAACAAAAAGUACAUUUGUUUUUUUUAAUUUUUUUUUAGAUUUAAUGACCAGAGUUUCAGUGUCGUUGAGGGCCUGUAGCUCUUACAGGUGCUACGUUUCCUGACCACCUCCACAUGCUGCCACGUCGGACCAAAUGAAGCACUUAUCACGAGUGUUAAAGCACCAGAUGCCUUAUUUUUGACCUCAGCACCACUAACGUAGCGUUUUAGCACUUUUAAUGUUAAUUCUUUCUGACUUUCUGGGGAGUGAAUUUAUAUUUGUUGAUUGUUUGUAUGUUCACUUAACCAUCGAUAUGUUUUAUAAUUUCCAACAACUAUAUAGGUUUUAUAAAGUCGGGAAAUCCCAUCCCACCUGCCAGGUCAGGCGGUACAUAAAAGUGAACUGUAGUCGCAAAGAUGGGAUGCUUCUGAAUGAAUGCAAUAAUUUAUUAACCUUCUCUGUGCUUUGGAAAUGCGAGAACUUUUACAAAUACCUUAUUUUACUCUAAAACCCUUUUUGUGCUCUGACUUUGACACCGGUGCACAAUGUUCCUUAAAUUAUCCACUAGAUGGCGCAGGAAAGUAAAUGCAGCAUCUCCUGGAUUGUAUAAAUGCCAAGAAGUAAUUGAAACUAAUAUUUGUAA